AUGUACCCUCAUUUCAAGUUCAAAAGUCUCAACUUCUUUUCCUUCCUUUCUUUGGUUGUUGAAUUUAAGAGUCCAAAGUUUGAAAAGCAUAUGGAAAAGCUGAAUUUUGUCAAAAAUGGAGUGAGCAAAUUGCCUCCUGGUUUUCGUUUUCAGCCAACAGAUGAAGAACUUGUUUUCCAAUACCUGAAGUGUAAGGUCUUCUCCUAUCCCUUGCCUGCUUCUAUCAUUCCUGAGAUCAAUGUCUGCAAGCAUGAUCCUUGGGAUUUACCAGGGAAUUGUGAUCCACAAGAGAGGUAUUUUUUCAGUCCAAAGGAAGCAAAGUAUCGAAAUGGUAAUCGCAUGAACAGAACAACAAAGUGUGGAUAUUGGAAGGCAACAGGUUCAGACAAGAGGAUAUCAUCGUCUUCAACUGCGUGUAAUGGUAUCGUGGGGAUAAGAAAAACACUGAUUUUUUAUGAAGGAAAAUCUCCAAAAGGCUCCAGAACUGACUGGGUCUUGCAUGAAUAUCGUCUUGUUAAUGCAGAAACUCGUGCUUGCACUUCAUCCCAUAACUACGUAAACGAGAUUGGAGAUUGGGUUUUGUGUCGCUUAUCGAUGAAGAAAAGAAGUAUAGAAAAUGAUGGUGAUGAAAAGCAAAGAGUUGAAAGAGGUCAAAGAUUAAUGUUUGAUUUCAUGAUGGUGGGAAAGAAGACCCAUUCUUCUACAUCCUCAUCGUGUUCAAGUUCCAGUAACUUCCUCGAAGUCUCUUCAAAUGCUUCGGAUCAUGAAGAAACAAAUGGUGGCUAUGCCUAUUUUUAA